UGUAAAUGUAGAUAGACUGUUAGUUCUAUGUGAGAAUGGAAAAAGUUAAAUGCAUUCAAGCAGACCCUGGAAGUAUCAACGCGUGAUACCAGAGAGGAAAGAAAAAGUUUAACAGGAUGAUACCCCCAGCCGACUCUUUAGUGAAGUAUGACAAUCCAGUGUUGGUGAGCAAGAAUACAGAAAAGAAGUCGCCAAAGGCUCGUCCACUGAAAGUUAGUCCCCAGCAGCAGGCCAUCACAGGUCCAGUUCCUCCUCCACCUAAACCCAAGACCCCUACAUCUGAUGCCUCUAAGCAACAGACAGAAGAAAUCCUCAAUUCCAUCCUUCCACCCAGAGAAUGGACGGAGAACAGCCAGCUGUGGGUGCAGCAGGUGGCCAGCACGCCAUGCACACGCAUGGAUGUGGUGCAUCUUCAGGAACAGUUGGAUCUGAAGCUGCAGCAGAGGCAGGCCAGGGAGACUGGCAUCUGCCCUGUUCGCAGAGAGCUCUACACACAGUGCUUCGAUGAACUGAUCAGACAGGUCACAAUAAAUUGCUCAGAGAGGGGGCUGCUACUGUUGCGGGUUCGAGACGAGAUCCGGAUGACCAUCGCAGCUUACCAGACGCUGUACGAGAGCAGUGUGGCCUUUGGCAUGAGGAAAGCCCUUCAGGCCGAGCAGGGCAAGUCAGACAUGGAGAAGAAAAUCGCAGAGCUGGAGAUGGAGAAGCGAGACUUAGAGCGGCAAGUGAAUGAGCAGAAGGCCAAGUGUGAGGCCAUCGAGAAGAGGGAGGCGGAGCGGCGACAGGUUGAGGAAAAGAAACACAACGAGGAGCUGCAGUUCCUCAAGCGCACCAACCAGCAGCUCAAGGCCCAGCUGGAAGGCAUCAUUGCUCCAAAGAAAUAAACCACCUACUGCUAGAUAUGCUCUGCUGUGAGCAUGCUCUUCAAAGGGGCCCAGCAAGACUGUUCUGCAAAUGCAAUUUACAUGGGAAUUUACACUUGAGAAGCCAAACUUUUUUUUCCAAGUAAAGCACACUAAAAGGUCA